AUGAAUAGAGGUAGUUUGCAAACAAAGUUCAGCAACUUCGAAAACAAGCAAAGAAGAAAAGGAAAAUGUCAAAGAGAUAAGAAAACGGGCAGAGAGCCCAGCUCAAACCCCACCCCUCAAAAACACCUAGCCUUCCUCCUAGUGCUACUCAACGCACUAUCAUCGCUCCCCACAUCACUAAUCGUGGCCCAUUCUCCUGACUCCGUCCCCAUAGCCGUAGCCGAUAAACAUGACGUCCGACUCGCGGCUUGA